AUGGAUUACAAUGGGGAAGCCAGGCCGGGGGAUUUUCAUGCCGGCUAUCAAGAAAUCGAAGGGAUAAACUUGGGAUACUUACAGAUCAAUGGCACCCAGAUGUUUGCUUUGGCCCAGGUCCUCAGCGACCUGUUUAAGGAUAUCCCCAGGACCACCAUCAGCAAGAAGAUGGAAACCUUAAAGAUCAAGAGCCGCCGCUGCGAUCUCAAAGAGCUCCGGACCCUCAAAGCCAUCAACUCGGUGCCCACCCGGGCGCCGCUGCCCCCCGGCUUCCCCAAGCCGCGCUCGGCUCCGGCCCCGCUGCUCCCGCAAGCCUUCCACCCCAGGGCCUUCCCCGCCUUCGAAAAGCCCCCCCGGGGCCGGAGGGCUUGCGGGUUGACGGCUCGGGGGGGGAUUUUCGCCGGCGUCCUGGCCGGGUACCACCCCCGCGACCUGGCCUUGCUGCAGCAUCCCGCGGCCGCGCAUCCCGCCGCGCAGGCGGCCGCGCUCGCCCAGCCGGGCCGGCGCAAGCGGGGGCCCUGCUGUGCCAAGGGGCUCUUCCCGGUGGAGAAGGGGCCGGCGGCCCCCAGGAAAGGCCGCUCCUCCUCCUCCUCCGUCUUUCCCGGCUCCAAGAGACAGGGCACCUCCGCCGGCUACUCCAGCGACUCGGACUCCAGCCUGGACUUCGGGGGGUCCAGCCCCGCCACCUCCAGCGACUCCACCCCUGGGGGGGAUCCGCAACAAAAGGAGGGAGGCUUUGGGGACGCGGAGCCCUGCGCCAAAGGGAAGGAUUUGCACAAAGAUGCCUCGAACAAUAGAGCAGCCUCGUUAGGCCCCAGUGACCAGGCAGAGAGGCAAAGCGGAGCUUUAGGCGGGCGAACGCCUUCCCGAGAGCCGGCCCCGGGCUCGGCCCCGCAGCCCCCGGCUCAGGAGCUGGCGGGGAGCCUCGGGCCGGUCCCCCCCGGGGAGCCGGGGGAGCCCCGGCGGGAGCACUUUGACCGCCUGAUCCGGCAAUCCAAGCUGUGGUGUUACGCCAAAGGGUUCAACCUGGACGGGAAAAGUUUGCGGCCCGGAGGGAGGACGGAGCCCUGUAAAACCGCAGAGCUCAAAUCCCCCGGCUCCAAAAGAGCAGAGAGCCCCAGCACCUUGUCAAACAAAGCUUUGAAAGGCAAUGGCUCGGAAAGGAAUGCCAAGCGCAGACGCCUUGCCAGAGGCGCUGAGGCAGAAAGGCAACAGAGCUCCUCUAAAGGGAGGCCACAAAAGACUCAAAGGAGGAAUGCCAAAAAGGGAAACACUCAUUGCAAACGCCUCGGCAGCGCCGGGCCAACCCCGCCUCGGAAUUCCUUCAGCCUCAUGGGCAACUUCCCCUGUAUUCCCUCCCUGGUCGUGGGGGAAGAUGGGGACCUGUGUCCUGCCUCCUCCCUGGGGGUCAAAAACUCCUGGGCCCUCUCCAAAACUCACCCCCUGUGGAGCUGGCACCUGGGGGGCAACGCCAUCCCCGUGCCCCCCAGCCUCAAAUUCCGGGGCUAUAGCUUGGAGGAUCUCUAA